AUCGGUCCCAUUUCUUAACCAACCUCCACACCGAAUUUCAACAAUGGCAUAACUACAAAACCCGCCCACGCAGAAACUCACACCCCACACACAAACCCCUCCAUUUGACCGGCGACCAAAGUCUCCAUCGCUCUCUCUCUCUCUCUCUCUCUCUCUAUAUAUAUAUAUAUGAUUAUAUACAAUGGCAUCAACAGUGGAUUUGCAGAAGAGUUCUGAAACUGUUGAAGAAGUGAAUAAGAAGAAGAAGAAUAGAGGAUUAUUGGAUAUGGAAUCAGAUAGGAUUAGGAACCGAAAAGUGAGCGUUAAGAAGAAGAAGAGGAGUUCGUUUAUGCCGAAAUUCGGAUGUUUCAGAUCGGAGGAUUACGGUGUUCCGACCAUCGAGAGAUCGGACGGUGACGGAAAUUUCGAUAUGGAGUCGACUUCUGUCGGAGUUAAUCGGUCGCCGACUCACCUUCUUGUUAUGGUUAAUGGAAUCAUUGGCAGUUCUCAAAAUUGGAGAUAUGCUGCAAAACAGUUCUUGAAGAGGUAUCCUCAAGAUGUUCUUGUUCAUUGCAGCGAAUGUAACUAUUCAACGUUGACAUUUGAUGGUGUUGAUGUAAUGGGAAACAGAUUAGCGGAGGAGGUGAUAUCUGUUAUAAGACGGUAUCCAGGCCUUCAAAAGAUAUCUUUUCUAAGUCACUCACUAGGUGGCCUUGUAUCAAGAUAUGCUAUUGCUAAGCUAUAUGAGGAAUCUUCUCAAGAAAAUGGAGAAUAUAGGACUGAUGAAUCUAAAGAUCCAUUCCCAGAAGAUAAAUUUAAAGGAAAAAUUGCUGGACUGGAACCCAUGAAUUUUAUAACCUCUGCAACGCCGCAUCUUGGUUCAGGGGGGCAUAAACAGACUCCUGCAUUUUGUGGCUUUUAUUCCCUGGAGAAAGCAGCCGCUCAUGCAUCAUCAUUGCUUGGAAGAACAGGGAAACAUUUAUUCUUGAGAGAUGGUGAUAAUGAAAAACCUCCUAUUUUACUUCAGAUGGCCAACGACACAGAUGAUCUUCCAUUUAUAUCUGCUCUACGGUCCUUUAGGCGUCGUGUUGCCUACGCUAAUGCACGAUAUGAUUAUCUUGUUGGAUGGAGUACAUCAUCACUGCGGCGUCGAAGUGAGCUCCCAAAGCGUCAAAAUCUGUCAAGAAUUUACAAAUACCCGCAUGUCGUAAAUGUGGAGUUAGCAAAACCUAUGAAUACUCAAGAAGAAAUGUCUUUAGAGGGCCAAGUCAAUGUAUGCAAGACCAUUGAUAUGGAAGAGGCAAUGAUCAGGGGUCUCACAAAAAUGAGCUGGGAAAGGGUUGAUAUUGACUUCAGUGGAACUAAACAAAGACUUUUGGCGCACAGUACUAUUCAGGUAAAAACUUACCGUGUGAAUUCCGCCGGAGCUGAUGUGAUACAACAUACGAUCGACAAUUUUCUGUUAUAGGUGUCACCAAAUUACAUUUAUUUAUGCAUCGAUUUAUUUUAUUUUAUUUUUCAGUUUCUUCCAUAUGGAGAUAAUGUAAAUAUGCGCAAGCAAUCCUUGAGCAUUUCGUUCAUUUUAGAACUCUAAUUUUUAAAAUUUCAGAAACAGUGGAGGGAGUAAUUUUCCCUGUUUUAGAGUUAUAUGUAA